AUGGAUCUCGUAAAAAUGAAAUGCAUUUCAGCUCAUUCUGUGCCCUCCAUAUUCGCACAAGCAUUAUCAAGCCAAAUAUUGGUUGAAGAACACUUUGGAUACCAUUACCGUUUAGCUACUGUUCCUGUUCUUUUGGUUAUCUCCAUUCUCUUUGAUAAAAAGUCAACAAAGUAUACUAUACGUAAAAUGCUUUUGGUUAUCUCUUUCAUGUUGGUUUUUAUGAUUGGUACAUCAAUAUCGACGCCUGAUACUUUUUGGUUAGACGAAGAUCAUGGUGUAUUGAGCUUUGUUUAUUUACGGGCAAAGGACUUGGUCGAGGAUGAUCAAUCUCUAGAAUCGUUUAUGAAUCUAGUGGUUGAAUUUUGUGCUCAAACAACUGUAUCUAUCCAUCAAAGAGUCAGUAUGAUUAAGAUCCAGAGCAAAAAAAAAAAAGAUGACAGUAUUACUCAUUAUAUCUACAGUUCUUAUUGUAUCUUCAAGUUUGAGUAUUUUUAUUUCAUUGUGUUUUACAUUGUUGUGUUCGUUAUUAGAAGUGAUACUAUAAAAGAUAGAUAAAAUAAAGAGUGAGA